AAUAAUAAAAACGCUGAAAGAAAUGUGGUUCAGAAUUUGAAUUAGGUGACGACUCACAACGACAUCAUAUCAUUUCAUGGAUUCAAGAAUGCAAAAUUCCAAAAAUUUGCUCAAUCAGCCUUUUUACAACCAAGGUGUCUCCCACUACGCGCACAGCGUAUGUUAGCGCUGUGCGCCGAACCCACCCCCAACCCAAAGCAAUGCCUAUGGGUUUGAGUGAGCUCCGAUCCACCAAAGCCAAGAAGACCACCAAACCCUCGUCACCUUCUUCAACCUCUCCCCAUGCCCACCAAACCCUAACCCUCCCUCAAUACCUCUCCAUGGCGCGAAAAUCCUCGCUCCUCAAGCAAUCCCUAGCCACGAUCGUCGUCGUCCUCCUCAUCUACGCCUUCCUUAACACCUUCCUCACCCCCACCACCACUGCCAAGCUCGAGACCGCCCUCCCCUCCUUCUCUUCCGCUUCCUCGAUCUCCUCCGACGUGUUUGCUUCCCGAGAAAAUCAGCUUAAUUUCCCCGGGAAGCCCGUGAAAGUCUACCUAUACGACCUCCCCAAGCGGUUUACUUACGGAGUUAUCGAGCAUCACUCAUUGGCCCGCGGCGCCCGACCCGACGAAGACGUUUCCAAGCUCAAGUACCCGGGUCACCAGCACAUGGGCGAGUGGUACCUCUUCAAGGACCUGCUCAAACCAGAAUCGGAACGGUUCGGGUCGCCCGUUCAGAAGGUCUUGGAUCCGGAAGAGGCGGACUUCUUCUACGUCCCAUUCUUCUCGUCAUUGAGCCUGAUCGUCAACCCGGCCCGACCGGCUUCCGGGUCCGAUAAGCCGCUGUACAGUGACGAGGAGAACCAGGUGGCGUUGAUUGAGUGGCUGGAGGAGCAGGUGUAUUGGAAGAGGAAUAAUGGUCGAGACCACGUGAUCAUGGCCUCGGACCCCAAUGCUCUGUACAAAGUGAUCGACAUAGUCAAAAACAGUGUGUUGCUUGUUUGUGAUUUCGGGCGGUUGAAGGAGGACCAAGGAUCGCUUGUUAAGGACGUGAUUGUGCCUUACUCUCACCGCAUCAACACUUACAGCGGCGAUAUCAGUGUUGAGGACCGCAACACCUUGUUAUUCUUCAUGGGCAAUCGGUUCCGCAAAGAGGGGGGAAAGAUACGUGAUUUGCUUUUCCAAUUACUUGAAAAUGAGGAGGAUGUCAUAAUAAAACAUGGAACACAAUCCAGAGAGAGUCGACGGGCUGCUUCCCGUGGGAUGCAUACAUCAAAGUUCUGUUUAAAUCCUGCUGGUGAUACUCCAUCAGCCUGCAGACUUUUUGAUUCGAUAGUUAGCUUGUGUGUGCCUGUGAUAGUCAGUGAUAGCAUUGAGCUUCCAUUUGAAGAUGUUAUAGACUACAGAAAGAUAGCAAUAUUUGUAGAAUCCAAUGCAGCUUUAAAGCCAGAAUUCUUGGUCUCAAUGCUGAGAGGAAUCACAACUGAGAGAAUUCUGGAAUACCAGAAGGAGCUGAAUGAGGUGAAGCGUUAUUUCCAAUAUGGAGUACCGAACGGAACAGUGAAUGAAAUCUGGCGCCAGGUUGCACAGAAGCUCCCUUUUAUUAAACUGUCGAUCAACAGAGACAGACGACUUGUCAAGAGGGAUUUGAAUGUGCGAGACUGCUCUUGUCUCUGCUCAAAUCAGACUGGAAUUGUAACCAGCCUAUAAUGCUACUUUCAUCAAUGAGACUGUUAAUCAGAGAACUCUCUACUUUAAAGGAGGCUACUCCACCUCUGUCAAUCAUUCGGUGCUUCAUAUUUAGAUCUCCGCGCCUUGGAUCGACUAUUGGCCGUGAAGGAUUCUUUUCUGCAUCUUGGAAGAGCGAUGACUAGUUAGUGCUUUGUUAUAAGCUGCUUAUAACAAAGCUGAAAGAUUCUUUGACAGAUGGGGUUUUCACUGAGGGGUAAUAGAAUUUGCCAUAGUAGUACAGGGCUUUAUACAAUUUACUGUAGAUACUGUUGUUUUACUUGGUCAUGAAAGCUUAGCAGCUUAAAAAUUAAAUUAAAUGACAUGUAACUUGUAAUUCAUUUGUACAUUCGUAGAGAAUAAAAAUCAGAUUUAUUUGA